GAAAUUUGACCAAGAAGUGUCGGAAACGAAAUUCGUUUGGACUGAAGAUCAUUACAUUUCAAUUAGAGCGGAGCGAUCGCGCCAACUGCGCAGUUCCUUAUACAUAUAGUUGCAGAUCCGUAGCGUAACUCCAUGAUACCGAUCAUCGACAAGCCAAAUUCCUCAGCUUUCCUCGACACCCUAGGCAGGGUCGUAUCCAUCGCACUAGGAGAUAAUUUGCGGCAUGGACCAUUCGGAGAUGUACCGCUCCACAUCCGGGACGUCAAAUUGUUCCGUCAACCACGAGAGGCGGCCGAAGCAUGGACGCACCCUGCUCGCUGCGUUCGCGUGCGUUCAUAUAUCGCAGAAGCUUUUGCAUCCGGGACCGGAUUUGCGAUUGGUCGUCGGCGCCGCACUGGGUUGAUUGUUCCCAACCCGAAUGGUAGAACUCACCCGAUUGUAGAAGCUUAACUGCCAAACCAGCCGCCAGCUCCCAUCUGUUGCUGCGCAUCGAUGACAGCUAGUACAAGCUCCGCAAGCGAUCAAGUCCUGGAUUCCAGCUCUUGUAUGAAAUCCGAUACAAACACUCGCGUUAAUG